GUGUGUGUACAGACAACCUGCUCGCGCGUAAUUCUGGGAGGACUCUCCGCCGAGCAACGAAACAAUAAACACUCACGAAACCGCAAGAGUUUCCCCGGCGGAGUAACAAUAACCACUGAAAUCACGUCGCCCCAUCCAGCCAGAAGUCAAUUCGCAGCCAUGUAUCUGAACAGGGAGGAGGGCUACACCAAAGGCUCGAUCUCUUUGACCGUGCUGUUGGUGUCGUUGGCUGUGACGGUGUGUGGCGUUUGGCUGGUGGCUCUCUGCGGCGUCUGUGGAUGGUGUCAACGGAAGCUGGGGAAGAGGAACAAACCAGGCGUGGAGUCCGUGGGGUCACCUGAUUCAGGAAAAGGACGAGGAGAAAAAAAAGCCAUCAAUGAUCUAGACAGAGACUUUUGGAAUAACAAUGACAACAGUUCAGUACAGCAGCGAUGGAGCUCAUACCCGCCCAAGGAGUUUGUACUAAACAUUUCUCCUUAUGCCCCAUAUGGAGACCCUCGCCUCACACUCAAUGGGGCAGUGCCCGGGGGCCAGAAAGGAGCCGCUGGGGGUGGACUCGGGGAUGGAGGGGGGUCAUCGUGUAGCGAUAGCCUGAGGAACGCGGUUACGGGUGGCGUUAAAGCUGGCAGGUGGCAGACAGUGCAAAGCUCCCUGCAUUCCGGAGACUUCAAAAACGGCAAUUUACCCGAUCACGGCCUCUACUUGGCCGCAACAUUGGACCACAUUCCUGUAGGAGCGACGCCGCGGCCCCGCACGUUGUUGCGGCAACAGAGCCUCCAGCAACCGUUGAUUCAGGUCCCGGCCCCGAGCUUGUCCAGCGGGCCGCCCAAUUCCCAGAGCCUGGGUCAGCUACACACCCAGCCGGGCAGUGGUGCGGGUGGGGGCACGGGGCCCGGGGGAGGGCCUGGAGGUGGAACUGGCACACAAGCAGGUGGCGGAGCUUCACUGUGUAGGUCGGGAGGUGCCGGGGGGCGAGCCUCUCGGGGGGACCCUGGUAGCGUGGAUCACAUGAUGGUUCAGAUAAAGAAACGAGGCCUGGAUGUUAAAUCCUUCCUGGAAGGGAAAAUGGUGGUUCUCUCUCUUGCCAUUGGAUUGGCUGAGCAGGACGACUUUGCCAAUCUGCCAGACCUACAGGAAGAACCACCCAGUCAAGAAACCCCCCCUGAUAAGAGUAGGAAUAUGGGGAAUAAGCCAGCGAACAGCCCUAAGGGUCACCCGCCGGACGCAGACGGUCAUUCUUCAGUGUCCGACCUGGCAAAUUCCCUGACUGGAGACAUGGUGAUGUUGUCUCCGGGGUCUGAAGACGACGACCACGAAGGACCUAUUAGCGAGAAACUGGGCAGGAUUCAGUUCAGUUUGGGCUACAGUUUCCAAGACACUACUCUGACAGUUAAAAUCCUCAAAGGUCAGGACCUGCCCGCUAAAGAUUUCUCCGGGACCUCCGACCCCUUCGUCAAAAUCUACCUGCUGCCUGAUAGAAAAACCAAACUCGAGACCAAAGUCAAGAGAAAGAAUCUCAAUCCUCACUGGAACGAGACAUUCCUGUUUGAAGGUUUUCCAUACGAGAAGGUGCGGGAACGAACGCUCUAUCUUCAGGUGUUGGACUACGACCGGUUCAGUCGUAAUGACCCCAUCGGGGAGGUGUCCAUCCCUCUGAAUAAAGUGGAGCUUGGACAGCUGAAGACGUUCUGGAAGGAUCUGAAACCCUGCAGUGACGGCAGCGGAAGGCGUGGAGAUCUGCUGGUGUCUCUGUGUUAUAACCCCACAGCCAACACCAUCACUGUUAAUAUAAUCAAAGCACGAAAUCUCAAAGCCAUGGACAUCGGGGGCACCUCAGACCCCUACGUGAAAGUGUGGCUGAUGCACAAAGACAAGCGUGUGGAGAAAAAGAAGACGGUGACCAUCAAAUGCUGCCUGAACCCCAUUUUCAACGAGUCCUUCCCCUUCGACGUGCCCGCGCACGUUCUCAGAGAGACCACCAUCAUCAUCACCGUCAUGGAUAAGGAUCGACUGAGCCGCAAUGAUGUCAUUGGAAAGAUUUACUUGUCAUGGAAGAGCGGGCCAGCCGAGGUCAAACACUGGAAAGACAUGUUGAGCCGGCCGCGCACGAAUGUGGCGCAGUGGCAUGCCCUCAAAGCCUAAUUCGCCCUCCACAUUUCCCGUUUCCCAGACCCCAUUUGACCUUUGACCCGAACCCCGUCCUUAUGCACAAGACAAACUUGCUGCCAGACGGCACAACACGGGUACUUUUAGCCAUCCGAUCUUUAACGUUACUCCUUUCUCAACCUCGUUUUUACUUUCGCCUUUUCUCGUCCGGUAACUUGUUGUGUGAAGGCCAAACUAUAAACCGAUCAUAGAUGAUCUCCACCACACUGUACGCAAACGGGCAUUUUUUGCGUUCCGAAGUCGCUAUAUCAAACAAAGCCAUUAAAAAAAAUGCUCUGGAGCGCUCAAACCGUGACUACACGUUACCAGGACGCUUUCCUUCCCCUUCUGUUUGUCUUCCCACAAUUCCCUCGCGGUCCCGGGCUGGGGAGGUCUGACACGUCCCUGAUCUGGGCUCACCUGUCGUCUUUACCUCUAAGUGAGUCUAUCCCUCAUGUCAUGAAGUACAACCGAGCUCUUCGUCUAGACCCGGAGCUCAUGGGAUCUCAUUUGCCAGCUUUUAAAUUGGCCACUGCUGAAACGGAUCAAGUCACUGGAACUCUGGGAGUUGUAUUUUUCCAGGGCUCAGACGUCCCGUGCGAGUUUUUCAGCCCCCGGAGGGCCCUUCUAUUAAAGCCAUGAGGGAACGACAGGCUUUCUUUCCAUGAACAGUCUCAGUUUUUUUAUUUACGUCUCCAUUUAUUGUUGUUUGUCUCACAAUCCCUCUCCUCUCCAAGCCUUUUCCGUUUCUUUCCCACUUGACCGGAUUUUCCGUAUGUUUUUUCUCUCCAUGCCUUCGCUCAGUCCGUCGCUCUUGAACGCUCUUUCUUCUACGUAAAGAGUUCAGAUUGGUUCAGCCAGAAACUGACAUCGUACGCCAUCAGGAGACGGCGAAGGAACUUCAUCGUUGUGUUCUCUUUUCUCUCUGGUUUCUCUUUAUCGCUGGCACAAUAGUAGUGAAAUCCCUGUUUUUCGCCGGGAUCCUUCGUCGUCCGUGUGCUGUGAGUGACGUGCAGUAGAUUCAACAGAAAUAGCGUAAAAACUUGAACCACCAAGGGCGGAUAUGAGAAAAACACACAGGCUUCCUUUACGGAUCGUUCCACGGAUUUUUGGACAACGUUCAGAUGGAAGAAAAAAACAGAAAAAAGGACUUGAUGUCAUCUUUUUCCCCAAAAAGACGUUUGAAGAAAUCCGAAUACCUUCUUCCAGAUCUGCUGUGAAAAUAGAAGCAAAAAGUUUGUCGAUUUUUUGCGCCCUGUGCACCAUAUAGUUCUUGCCACACUUUGCUCUAGUGACGUGUUUUUGUGUGUGUGUAUGCGCUGAUCGCGGAUCGUCUUUGACGGAAAUCCCUCAGUUAGCGGAAAACACCUGUGUGUGUGAGACUAUGAGCCAAUCUCACCAUUCACCCCAAAAUCAAAAGAUAAAAAAAUUUAUUUUCAGUUUUUGCAUUGUUCAGCCGCAAGCUGUAACUUUCGCCUUUGACUAAUCUAUCACCAUGUCUGUUCGAAACUUGAAAUUACAGGUUACGUAACGUUCUUUUCUAUACGUGGGUUCAAGUCAUAUCAUUAAUCAAAUUAUAAAUCAUUAUUAUGAGCUUUGCGAACAGGGUUAAAAUAAGAAGAAAGAUUCAAAUACAGUUUUUUAUGUGCUUGCUCAAAAACGUAUUUGUUUUUUUAAAUGAAAGUUACCGAUUGCAGCUUAAAGCACAUAUGGAGCCUCUUUGCUGUAAUACAAAAAUGAAUACAAAUACUAUUAUGAUGUAUUAAUACUGUCAUUCGGUGUAUUUUUACAUAAUAAAUGGGAAUUACAGUCUUUGCAUUACGGUUGUGAAAACUGGAGGCAGAAUUGUGCUUAUUUGUCAUUGGUAUUACAAUGUUGAAAAUGGAUCUACAUUUUUAAAAGUCAUUCUAUUGAUUUUGGGUUUGAAAUCAGGUGUCGUGAGAUUCUCUCAUGAGUAUUAUGGCAUUAACGUGUAUCUUCAUCGAUGUGAAAAAUAUUCAACGCGUGUGAAUAUCCGGUUCUAUUUCCCACGUCCUCCUCUGUCUUAUUCUGAGACUCUUGUCACUUUCUCCUGGAGAAACGUGAUCUGCACUUUUUAAUGGUGUAACAUUGAGAACUAUUAUAAUUGUUCAUACAAUAAUAAAUAGCUUUUGUAUUUUAAGGGAGGAGUUUCUUUUAAAGAAGAAGCUGCAAAUUCCGGGCGGCUGGACUGGUUGAGACAGACUCUCUCUCUCUCUCUCUCUCUCUCUCUUUCUCUGUGUCUGUGUGUGUUACUGUAAGUGCAUGUGUCUCAUCUGAACUCAUGGCUUGAUGUGUUAGGUUGAGGUGUGGCGUUUCUAUGGAGCGUGCCAUUGCCAUGGGGUCUCUAUGGGGACCGAGCCACUCCGCAGUUGUGUAGAGAGUCUCAGCGUGACAGAAGCAGUGGACGCCUGGAAAUUCUCUCACUGCAGCUCAAGAACAACAUGUUCUUCUGAGACCUUAAUCUGAACCAAAAAAACUGGUUAUCAGAGUUGUUUUGUUCUAGCUCAUAGCGUGUUGCAGUAGGCAGGACACAAUAACAAAAAACAGACUAUAAAAUGUUGAUAAUCUAGAAGAUUUAAGGUCUCUGCACAUAUAAUCCGAAGUUUUCGUAUGCGUUUCUUCGUAUUUGGUGUCGUUUGUAGUGUAUCUGAAUUGUCAAAACGCCUUUCAAAGUCCUUGCAACGGAUGUGAAAAACACGGAAAAUCGAACCCUGUACGAUUUUUUUUACGGAAGAAUAUAUCGUAAGCAUUGUGUAAGAGUGGUUAACACAACGUGAGGUCCUAUUUAUCUUUUAACAUGAGAAAAUUUUGAACGCAAAUAUCGGAUUCAAUGUGCAAGGAGCUUUAAAGCUUUAGGGACUGGAAUUUUUGUUUUACUUAACUUUACAUCUAUUAGGCCCAUUUACUGUACGCAAAAAAAUGAUAGCCGUUACACUAAUAAAGUUUUUAAAAAUUCCUUAAUUCCACAAAAGAAUAAUGGCAGUAAAGUUAGGGAGAAACGAUAUUGUUGUAUCAAUUGUAUCAAUUUCAACUAUUUUAUUUCUUGCAAAAUUCGCUGACGAACGGUAAAAACAUGACAGUCAAUAAAUAAAGAUCCAUUGAAUUUAAAGGGCUCGUGAAUUUUAGGGCUCUUUUAUUAUAUUUAAUUUGUAUUCUAUUUAAAAAAUAUUCAAUAAAGUAUAUUUAUUUUAUCUUUAUAGUUAUUCUUCUUGGUCUACAUGAGCCUUUAAACUUUAUUAAUAACUCAAUUACUUUGUAAUUAAUGUGUAUUGAGUACUAAACCAGAGUUUAGACAUUUUAAAGUGUGGACGUGAUAAGGCAAACCGCAACGCUUCUUCUUGUAGUCUGUAUUUAAAACUCCGCAGUGCAUCUGCUUUGAGCCGAGAGCCAUCUUAGAUCACUGGAGCGUUUAAUAAAGCACUUUCAUACGCUCAAUAUAAUCGGAUAAUAAUAUAGUUUGAAUGGUGUGUUUGCGUUCUCCAUCAUUUAGCCUUUAGCGUACACAAAUAUCUGCUGUGUGUGUGUGCACGUGUGCGUUUCAGGAUGUUUUGUGUGUCUGUGUGUGUAAUCGGGUUGUGUUGAGGUCUCCUUGCUCUCGCUUUGAUCAUUUGGUCAGUGUACGUGUGUCUUCAUUCACGCGAGCAUUACAUCUGCUUGUCUUAGUCUACUGGUGCUGGUACAAAUUGCAAGCUUAUGUCAACUGAACAUCUUAAAGGAACAGUUUAUCCCAAAAUAAAAUUCUGUCAUCAUUUACUCACCAGUUGUUACACAUUUGUGUAAAUUUCUUUGUUCAGAUGAACACAGAGAAAGUUAUUUGGAAGAAUGGUUGUAUUCAGACAGUUCUUAGCUAUCAUUGACAACCAUAGUAGGAAAAAAUAACAAUAGUAGUCAAACGUGCCCCAGAACUGUGUGCUUUCCUACAUUCUUCAAAAUAUCUUCUUUUGUGUUCAACAGAACAAAGAAAUUUACACAGAAAUGAUUCCUGCUAUGGUAGUCAUUGAACUGUUUGGUUAAAAGCAAAAUAUCUUCUCUGUGUUAAUCACAACAAAUUUAUUUAAAUGGAACAACUCGAGGGUGAGCAAAUGAAGACAGAAUUUCCAUUUUUGGGUGAACUGUUCCUUUAACAAUGCAAAUUUCCACAUCAAACACAUUUAUAAUCUUCUAAAUGAUUAAAUAAAACAAAACCGAUGGUUUAUCUUUGUUUACAUGUAUUCAUGAUGCAGACACUUUUAUCCAAAGUGAAUUGCAGAUAAGAGAGCAUUUACAGUAAUAUGAUUUAGGAAACUCAUAAUAGUAAUAUUUUCAUUUGGCAGAGAAAGGACAAGCGCCGCUUUCUUCGUGAUGUGAUUUUUUUUACUUCUAGCCUAUUUUUUGAAAAUUUGUAAAAUGCUUUAUUUCUAUAAGGCUUCAGAUUAAAUCUGGUGACAAAUCUGGACUAUUUGUUGAGUUUGCACAAUUGAGUUUAUGUAGUAUUAUUAUUCUUGAAAAACUUGAGUCAGCAAUAGAACUGAAGCGUGUGUGAGUGUGAGUCUGUGUGUGUGUGUGUGUGUGUGUGUGAGUGAGUGUGUGUGUUGCGUGAUACAGCCACUGACCUCUUUGCUGACCAGUACCUUUGCUCCCUCAGUGUCUUUGUGUGUUUUAUAGAGAUUGUGAUUGUUGCGCAGUUUGUGUCACUCCCUAUUAUUCUCUUCAUGGACCUCUUUUUUGGUACUUUGAAAAGAGGAAAACUGAUCUAAACUAAAUCCAAAGUAACACUAACCUUGUGACAGUUUGUUUUAGCUGCAAUAUAAUAAAUGGCUGAAGUUGAGUUGUUAAAACAAGCCUGUCUCUUUUUAUCAAUGUCUUACUGGAACGUUUAGCAUCCAAAACUAAGAUGCCUUCACUUAUUGCUGUUUAUCAAAACUUUCCACAUGUGGAGUAUUUCUCACAUUACGGCACCAAAACAAAUAUGCUCUCAGCAAAUAUUAUGGUGAUGUUUGACAAAUAGACACAUAUCGUCUCAUGUUGUGUACGAUUUUACCAAUAACAAAAUGAGCCGCGCUGUUUGUCACAAAUAUGCAGGGAAACAAUUAAUAUUGUCAUUGCCUUAGGGGCAGAACGAUGCCGAAUACUGUUUCAGGGCCGGGAAGAAAUCUUUACGCCAAACUCAUACCGUCAUUGUCAGGUGUGGCAAAAAUGUAUUUUGAGCCCUGCAGACACACACGGGAUCGCUCAAUCACAUGCUUUGGUUUAAUAGCUCAUUAAACGACAACAAUCAUCUCAGUUUUCCAUUUGACCAAAUUACUGUUUUGAGAAAGCAAUUUCUUCCCGUCCAUGAACGUGCCGUGGAUCUCCCACACUCAUGGCUGGAGAUGCAAUGUGCACACCCACCCACACACACACUCACACACACACACACACACACAGCAGAAAGACAAAUUCACAUGCUGAGAUUGUGCAUCAGUCACUUCUCCCGUCAAAUGAUCUAUUCAUCAGAAAAGAGAGAGAAAUGACUUUCUCUGGAUGUUUUGCAGCUGGUUGCAUCAUGCAGGCCUCUUAUAGUCGUGGGUGUUUGUUUCAACAGCUGUUAAAUGCCGCCGAGCUCUCAAAGCGCAGGAGACUUGAACGGUUUAUGUUCCAUCAACUUUAUAUCAGAAUUUUUCCGGAAUCUUUUUGUAGAAUUCAAAAUGUAAAUAUCGAGCAAGUACAUUAUCCACUCACAUUUCAUUUUUAUGAUCCCCACAUCUAGUACAACACGUCUUUUAAAUAUAGUGUAGGUAUAUCUUUUAAAUACUUUUGUGAUAGCAUCUGAACAUUUUCUUUGGCUCUGAUGGGAGAAUUACCACGUGAAAGUUUCUCCGCCAUUUUUCUUUAACACGAGAGUUAAAGAGUGAACAAGAGCGUUACCAGAUGUACUGCCUUAUCAUGGCAUUCUAGCUCAAUAUAGGAUUUCAUUUUUAAUAUUAUAAAUAAAUAAAAAUUAUAAUUUAAAAUGUUUAGAAAAUCAUUAGUGGAACAGAUUUUUUCCGUCUAUAUUUGACCUCGAAGCAUACGGACCCCAGGUUGGGUAACACUGAUGUAGUCGGACGUUCGUGGGUAAAAAUGACUGCAUGCAAUGCAUUAUGUGUAUGGUCUUAUGGAGGCAUAAAAUAAGUGUAGAUGACAUAGAUUAGAUUUUAUAUUGCCUUAUAUUUUGUGCAUGGUCUCCAAAUGUGGCCAUUGGUUCUCUAUUUGAAGUAAUGGUUGAUUGUGAAAUAAUAAUUCGUAAAGUUCUCAGAUCAGAUUUUUCUGUCCUGUUGUCUCUCGCCUGAUGAGUCGGAUACAUCCGUUACUGUACAAACUCUUUAUCUCUAUUUAUUUUUUAUUAAAUUUUUUUGAGAUGGUAAGAUACUAUGUCUAUGUAAUGGGAGAUCUCUCUCUCUCUCUCUCUCUCUCUCUCUCUCUUUCUCUCUCAGAGUUUAGUUCUGUAGUACUCUACCAGCUCCAGAUUCCCAUCUGCGCUUCUCUUUAUUGGUUUAAAGAGCCGUCCGUCAGGCCGGCUUGACUCCUCCCUGUCAGGGUUUUAGUGUGAUAUACUCUGAAUGACGGUAAACAAGUAAUAAUUCUUCUGUUAAUGUUCGACUCUGUGUGCAUCCGUAUGUGCGUGGUUGGUGUUUUCUUUAUGAUAAAUGUGAUCAACGGGAAACUCCCGGUUUCAUGUUUUGAAGAACCUUUUUUGUAAAUAACAAAGCAAAAACGCAAGACAAACAUUGUACAUAGUUUUGUUUGUCACUUGUACUGAAAACAGAUAUUCUUAACGGUGUGCUGACAACGCUUUCAUAACAUUCGCCCUUCUUGAACGAGGGAUUUCAAUGUCUGAUGUAUUUUUGCAGACGGGGAAGCGAGGUUGAAGGAGAACGAGCAAGACGCCAAGAGAAACUGCCAAACGUAUAUGACAUCACACUGCCAAACUCCUCUCAUUGAUUACCCACAAUUCCACUAGACGCCCCCCAGACGUAUCCCAACAGGGUGCGACAUGACAAGUUAUCUGUUGAAUGGUAGAAUAACGUAUGAGGUCUUGUAUACAUAUAUAUAUAACAUAUACAAUGUUGUGGGUUAAAUACAGAUAUGAUAUCAAGGGAAAUUAUUUUGACGUAUUGUUCAGUUUCUGUUGACAUGUUUUGGUUUGUAUUUGACCCCAGACAUGAACUCAAAAGAGAAAAGAUUUAUGAUUUACUCUGGUUGCACCUGGUUGUUGCACGGCGUCCAGACGCUGAUGAAUAUCACCCCAGACGAGCACGUACGAGUUCUAGUCGGGUGCGAUUUUAAAAUAGAAACACAUACAGUAGGCGUCGGGCUGACAUAAUGAGAGCACGGUUCUGGUUUUCUACAGGUCGCAUCCAUUCAGAACACCGUGACUACAGCCAGCUGACACACAAACACACUUGCUUCAGUCCAGCGUGGACACAAACCCUGUCUGCGUUCCAUAUGCCGCAGCCUGCUGUGCUUGGCGGGUUUAUCGAUAUCAUCCACCCUCUGGCUCUGUCUCUACAGAACACUACAGCCAAAGUCCUAAUAACCCAAACACCCGGCCAAAUUUCCUCCAGAUCCAAAUGGGUUCAUACUCGGCGGUUAUGUCGGUAAAAAGACAGCAUUGCCAGAGAUGAUACCUUGGAUUAUAUGGCUUGUUGAGAUUGUGUGAUCACCUUUGAAAGCAAAUGGACUUGUUGUUUUAAAUAGACAUCAUACACUUGCAGACUUUUUGAAGUUACAGAUAGAAACACACUAACUGAUCAAAUCUACAGACUGGCAAAGAUUGCACAGGUAUGUCUGUAAAAUGUCUGCUAGAGAUCUGGAAAACGUCUGCUGUGUAAAAAAAUCUUAGAAAAGGCAGUUUUACAUACGCUCAAAAUCAUAAACAUCUUGUAGAUGUCUACAUGACAUCUGCGAGGAAACGUCUCAGAGACGCAUUGCAGAUCAGCAAAGAAUAAAAAAAAUACGUCUUGCAGAUGCUAAUAGAAUAGACGUCUCCCAGAUGUGUGCUGUCAGGGAGUUUCACAAAUAAACUUAUUUUAAGAGAACGCGUAGUAAUUUGUCAAUGAUAAUCUGUUUCCUUCAACCGGUGACUCCUUGUGAGAUUUUGCCUGCCCUGCUUCUGAUUGGUUCAUUCACUUUGGAUGAUGCUUUGUGAAUGGUCCCUAUCUCUAAAGCCCGCCCCCACAACUAAUCCUAACCUUCGUAGGGGAAAACAGGGGAGUCAUAAUCUGACAGGGAAUCAGAUACACUGGCACUUUUUAGUUUAUACCCACAGCCGCCACUUAAAAUACAAAAGGAUUGAAUUACCGGCUUCGAUUAUGUUAGAUGGUGCUCUGACCCAAAACGCUGAAUGAAUCUUAACAUAUUUGUUUUGACAAAAAAUAUAUCAAGAAAUCAGGACCUCAUCGUCUGGCUGGGGGCGGGUUCACAUUCCAAUUUCUGAUCUUGCUCUUUCUCGUUCGCCCCGAUCCACCUCUCUGCGUCACACACACCCUCGACGUGUACAAUCUGACUCAAUGUAUUUACUCAUGUAUUUUUUUGCCAACUUUGUACAGUGUAAAAAAAGGAUAUAAAUCUAUGAAAAAUAACAGUACUGUAUAGAUUUAGCUGCCUGUGAGCGAUUCACAGCAUAGUGUCGAUAGAGGUUAACAGCAUAGACGCGAUCUAAAGCCAGUUAAACAUGCUUUCUGUAAAGCCCGACAGAUGCCACACGUUUUUAUAUUCUCGCUUUCUUUACUGGUCGUCGUUCGUUUUUCUUUCGCCGUUUUCGUAAAUGACCUAUAGUGGCAUCAAACUCUUCGUGUCGUUCUUUCUAUUGGUUGUUCGAUCGUUCGUUUGUUGUUGAACACAGCGAGGUUCAGGCGCCCGGGAGAGCGCUUGGGAACGCAGAACGGUAAUGGAUUCGCACCAUUUACACGAACGUUACUAGUGUCACGUCUUCGUCCACACGUACUUCCCAUGUAAAGAUGAUGUUAAAGUACCACUCUAGUAGUCUAGGACAGAAUAUCUUCCCUGAGGUUUCAUUUCUUUCCCGAUUGGUUUCUGCCUCUCAGCAGGAAUCACAGGUGGAGUUGCCAUUAAACUGAUCCCAUUCAAUGCUAAUGAAAGUUGACUAGCAGAUGGCUAGCAAUCUGUCCUGUUUGCUUUUUUAAGAGUAUAAAGCUGUUUUUAGACAAUCUUCAUGGUCCUUGGUUCUGCACACACCAGUGUUUAGUUAUAAGUUGUGUAUUGUCUCUAUACGUGUGCGUUUAUUUAUGACAUUAUGAUGAUGAUUUAUGUGUUUGUAAUGUACUGGGUUAGCGUUCCAGACGCCUCUCUCUUUCCGAAGCUCUUCCCUUUUCUCAAAAAACUUCAAACAUUCCACGAACGUAGAGUUUCACGUGGACGAUAUCACCGAUGUAUAAACAAACACCAAUGUUGCGUAUCGCUCUAGUAGCAGGGAAUAAAAGAACGACCGCUUUACAGCCAGGAGAAGGUGAAUGUUUGGGAUUUUCUUCCUUUAGGGGGCAGUAGAGAGUUUAUUGAUUUUGGGGGAGCAUGGCUUGAGAUGAAGGCGUCUGAGAUCACCGCCCAGCGCUAGGAUGGUAAAGCGUUCCCAAUUUUCAGCCUCUCCUGUUUUUUUGGCCGAGCGGACUGUGAUUUUUCUGGUUGAUUUUUCUUUGUUUGUUCCUUUGUUUGUAUUUGUUUUCCUGCCCACACCCUUCCAUGUGAUUGGAUGUGAGGGUGGACGGACCUAAGGAGCACAGUUCUUACUAUGUUCCAUAAUAAAAUUGACUCAUUUGUAAA